ACUUGUCAGGUUUAAACGCGUCUCAAAUGUCAUUAUUUUUCGCCCCAAAUUGAUUCGCCCUCCAAGUACGGAGGCAUGACCUUAUCAUUCCAAAUCUCGUAAAAAAUGCGACUCAGACUCGUGAGGGGAAUUCUGGUUCUGGCAUUGUUGGGCAACAUAAUAGUGUGGCACAAAAUUUGGAGGUUAUUCACGGCACAGCACAUCUCGCAAGUAACGGAUUCGAGGGUGGUUUCUGAAAAUCCUCAUAAAUUCCAUCGUCGUUUGGCUCGUCUUGUUACAGUUGUAAUUCGACAAUUCGAAACAUUCGAAAACGACGUCGCAGCGACAGUUGAAUCGACAUUAAAUUCAUUUCCGACUAUUCAAAUUUUGAUUCUGUGUGACGAAAUACCCUAUCCUCCACUUGAAUUGAAUUUGUCUAAUAGUACACAGCAAAAUGUGCGAUUUGUCAAUCUGCAACCUGGAUUCAACAAAUCUUUCGAUGAACGAAAUCCGUUGUUUUAUGUGCAGACGAAGUUCGUUCUUAUUUUACCGGAUGCUACCAGAAUAUCAUCGAAGCACAUGUUACAGGAUAUGAUCAACCAUGUAACUAAGAUUGGCACAACAAGCGUUGCAAUUGGUAGAAAUUCUUUGAGCUGUUUCAACCUGGCACUCAAAAUUAAAGAAUGGAGUUUACGCAUCACAAACGUUGGAGGCACAAUUUGCGAUGCUGUGAUUGGAAGGCACGUUAUAAUGAUGGAUGCGAAAUUGUUAAGAAAAUUAUCUGAUCCGUUUAUGCUGCCCUUUCCGGAUUCUCUAUUCAUGCAGACGAGAACAAUUGGAAUUAAGAUCCAUAUUUUAAAAAAGCAACCAUUCAACGAAGGAAAACCGUUGCAUCGGAGCCAACAAGCCCAGUUGAAAAUGCAACAGCUCCAUCGAACUCGUGAGCGUCUAAUGUUUGAAAAAUUCGGCAUAAAAAAAGUCGUAAGACCUUCAAGUUCCAUCGAGUGGUACGGUUGUUCCAGAGAAACUGUCCGUUGUUUCGGAUCAGUCGUGAACGGAAUACCUUUUUAUCUCUAUCAAAAUCGCUACACACCGCCCUGUUGUCUCGCUGGCUUGCGGAAAGUCGCCUAUCAUGUCUUCGACAAGCUGGAGGAAGUUGGGAUCCGAUUUUGGCUAGAAGGCAAUUCUCUCUUAGGUGCUAUGAGGAACGGAGACAUUUUACCAUGGGAUCACGAGGUGGAAAUUGGUGUGAAUCGUGACGACCUCGGCAGAUCACCCUGGCUGGUCAAAGCCAGAAAUAAACCAGUGACUGAUAGUCACGGAUUUGUGUGGGAAAAGGCGACGGAAGGAGAAUUUUUUAAAGUUCAGUACUCGAAAGUGAAUCGGCUGCAUGUAAACUUGUUGCCCUUUUACUCGAACAAUGGAACCAUGACGAGGGACGCUUGGUUUUUGAAAAAUCGCGAUUUUCCGGAACAGUUUCUCCAUCCGAUGUCGAGCAUCGAUUUCGCUGGUCGCCAGGAUGGAGCGAAAAACCAAAAUUUUGAAGUAUCUAUCUAGUCUUUGCAGAGUUCCAAAUGGAAAAAAAAUCGGGCCAGGUAAGAGAAAAUAAUUUAUAAAUAUUGAAAAAUAUAUAAAUUAUAUAUGAAGCUCAUAAAUUUUGGUUUCUUACUCUAUGGCUGAUUGCUUUUGCCACAGGAAUUUAAUAAUAAACAUUAAAAAAAAAUUUAAAUGAACCCUUAAAGGGCACACUUCCGUAAAUUAACAUAAAGAGCAUACUGGGUGUUACGUACCCAAGGAUAUUCACACGUGUGCUGUGCCGACGGUAUUGGAUAUUUUUUUAUAAGAAAAUUAAUUAAUGAUGUUUAAUCUAUCUAGUUGAAGGGAAAAAAGCU